CUUGGGAAUCUGCAACUCUCGCAACGCAAGCAACCAUGAAGAACAACGAUUCGGUUUCGAACGGGGAUUCUACCAACAAAGCCUCAUCCCCGGAGCUAGAACAGAAGGUCCUUAACGACCCAUCAGUACAGCCUACUCCUACAACCUCCGCUGCCACUUCAACUGCACCAUCAUACUCUCCCAUCUACGCCACCGCGCAACCUGGCGAUAUGCCUUCGCUUCCCGUGCAAACGCCUGCUCCAGCAGCCCCCUCAUCUUCAACAGCAAUCACACCGACACCGACAACAACCAUGUCCAGCACCAACGCCACCACCACCUCUCCCCCCCAACCACAACCCGGAGCUCAGCCCGUCCCCGCUCCUACUUCCGCUUCACCUGCAGUAUCCUCAAUCACUCACCCACCACCGCCUCCCAAAGCAGGCGAAAUCCCCAGUCAAACGACCACAGCACCAGCCGCACCACCAGCAGCAGGCCUAACCCCAGAAACCUCAUCUUCAGCAGCAGCAGCAUCCACCACCACCACCGCCACCUUACCGCAACCCUCCGACUACCACCCGGUCCACCAGGUCCCGUACCCCUACUCCAAGCCCGACUACACCCACCCCCAAAGCCAAAACCAAUACAUCCCACCCCCCGCGAUCCCCAACGCAACCACCACCCCCUACCCUUCCCUCUACCAGCCCCCGACGGCAAACACAGGCAUAAGUACAAGCACAAGCGCAAACGCAACCACCUCCCAACUCCCCCUGCACUACGACCCGGGCGUCUCGGGACGGGUCGACCUUGACGACGAGGGUCCCGAAGAGGGCAUCCUCGCCAACGCGAAGUCGUGGCUCCGCAGCGCGGGAAACAAGUUGGCGGAGGUGGAGGCGGAGGUGUGGAAGAAGAUUAAUGAUGCUCAUGAUAAAUGAUGCCUCGUUGUUUUUGUCUGUGUGGUGGAUUUCACUUUGCUUGUCGGGGUUUUGCCUCUGAUCUCCCUCCGUGAAGGGAGUGGUGGUCCCUGAAUGUUUUAGCUGUUGGGUGAUGGUAGGGUUUCUUUGAGUGACUUGCAUUUCGGGGUCUUCGUGCGCAAUAGUGCUCGCUUGGUUUAGGCUAUGGAAAAAAUGGGGGAUCCGAGACUUGGAGACACUGUUUUACUUAACUGUGUUCAUGGUUUGUUUUUUUUGUAUGGAGUUGGGAGUUGAGUGGGCUUGGGGUUUGUAUCAAGGUUACCGAGAAGAUGGUGACGGUGGUGGUAUAUAUCAAGUUCCUUGUACUCAAAGGGGAGUAGAAUACGGAUCCAACGUUUUAGAAAGCUUUUUAGCUAGAAUCGAUUUCUG